UUUCAAUAAAAUAAUUACAUGUGUUUAAUAUUUUUGGUUUAAACUUAUAAAAAUAGCUAAAACAUAAAAUAGUAUAUUUAUAAUCAAUUUUAUAAAUAUAUUAAUAUGUGUGAAACACACACAAAAAAAUGCAUCAUUUAGCAAUAAAGAGAGUAUUAUUUUUGCUCAGUAGACUAUAUUUAAUUCAUGCGAGUGCACAAAAAAAAGACUUAUUUAUUUAAUGUCCUGCAAAUUCAUUUAUAUACAGUAUUAGGAGUACUAUUUAUUAUUUAUUUAUCUAAACUAUACUAAAAGCUAAAUAUAAAGGCCUCUGAAGCAUCCCACGUCAGAUAAAAAAAUUGACCAAUCAGGAGAUUUUUUUUUUGACACGUCAUCUGGGUUGUGGGUUGUUGGGCUUCAAACUUUUUUUAGCACAAAUGUUGAUGUCAAUGGCCCAGUAAGCCCAUUCUGUUUGCUCUUAGCCUUCUUCGUUUCUCUUUCACGAUCUGAAAGCGGAGAGAUUCAACGUUUCCCUUUCUCAUUAAGUAAGCAUCUAGGGAUUGUUAUUCAAAUGAAGUCCAUCAAUAGCUUUCUUUGUAACGAUAUUGUUUGUUCCUCUUCCUUUCUGAUUUUUCAUAUCCAUGAUACAAAUCCCUCAGCGUAUCAGUGUAUCACCCUAUAUAUGCCGUCUUAACAGAUAUAUUUAUUUCACAUGAUUCACCACAACCUAAUCUCCUCGAGCUCGAAGCUCCCAACAAGAUCUACGGUAAUCAAUCGCUUUUUCUUUUGAUCUUUUCUGUCUGUUUUGUGUUGUUUUGGAAUCUGAAUUCUACAUGAUUGCUUUCAUGGCUCUAAGUUUGUAAACAUUUUUCUGACGAUUAAAAAUCAAAAUUAAGUUUUAAGUCUUGGAUUGGAGUCUGAAGACGGGGAGCUGAGACUUCGGAUCUGAAGAUUAACGAUGCGCCGGCCAUGGAAAAUUGUCUUGCUACCAGCAAAAAUUGACAAGUCGAAGGCUUGGUGACGUCUACGACCUCAGGUUAGCGUUUUAAUAUGUCGUCCUUUUAAAAGUUUUAUAUGUUUUUUUUUUGUCAAAGGGUUUUCUUAAGUUUUAUAUGUUUCAUCAUAUGUUUUCAGUAAUCGUUGAUUUGGAUUGGUUUGGUGAUCUACAUGUCAAGUUCUGGCUGAUUCUGAUCGAAAACCGGAGGAAGCAGACUAGACCUACAGAAGUCGCUAAACUGACUCAUGUUCUAGCUUCUGAAGCUGCACAGAUGGUGGUAGAGCCUAUACUUAACUUAUAAUAUCUCUGUGUUCUGUAACUGGUGCAACUAGAAUGAACAAUUGUAACCUAUAAUGUAUUUUCAAUGCUCUUUGGCAAAUUUUCUUUCUCGGCGGUAUCAAGCACGACUUUUCAUGUUUCACAUUACUGUGUGGUGUGGUGUCCUGUAAACUGAGCUUCUAAGGAGCUAGAUGGAGAAUUCAUGAAGGUAAACCAGAACAACUCUCUCUGAUUCUUUUUAGGUGUUUUUAGACUUAUGUAGUUGUUUGGUGAAACUCCAGAUUAUGUUAUGUACAUAAUAUAUGAACCCACCUUCGUCAGGGGCGUGUGUCAAAUCUGCAGUUCUUUGGCUACAGCAUCCCGCCAUACAUGGUUUAUUGAUUGGAUGCAUUGUUUCUUCUGAUGAACUGGUACCGGUUAAUGGCAACAAACUCUUUCAAUGAUCGAGGUAACAAACAAAUAACAGUACCUCAUAUUCAACCUUUUAUAGCUUUGUUCUUUUAUUACAUGCUUAUUAGCCUUUCUUUAUUCCUUGGAAUAUUGACAGUUUAUAUCAUCUAAAUUUAUAUGAUCAUAUAAAACCUUUUUUUGAAAUGAUUUAUUCAUCUAGAUAUUUCUUCAGAGGCUUUUACUCGGUGCCUAGCGUCAACUACUGUUUCAAGUCUACGGAAAUGGUUGAUUUUAACUGUUUUGUUACUAUGUUGAUUAUAUUGUUGUCCAUGUCCAAAUCAUGUUGCCCGUCGAAAGAUGCAGUUUUGUUUAUGAGUGUUUCCGAUCUUGAUUUCUUAGUCUAUUAUAAUUGAUUGAUAUUGUGUGAUUUUACUCCAUUAGGUUCAGUUUCUGCCAACAAAAAAGUAGAAUCCAAUGAGAAAUCUGCCAAAAGAAAGAGAACGAAUCGGUACAUAGGAUUAGGCUGCGUCCUUGGGAAAAUUGGGCCGCUGACAUAUGUAAUUAUAGAAAAGGCUCUCGAGAAUUGCUUUGAACAUUCAACACCGCUCAGGAAUAAUCAAGAGCUUAUGAUGUAACUGCAUGCAGGAUCCGUGGUGAUAAAGCUAAGGUAGAUUUUCCAGAGGAGAUAGUCCCUUGCGUCUCCAAGAAAUGUCAUACUCCUAAGACAUCUUAAGAAGCCAAUGGGUAAGCCAAACAAAAGCUCAACACCGUCAACACAUUGAGUCAGUACUGCAACAACUCUUUUGAAAACAUGAGACACGGCUGCUUUGGUGAUGUGAGUUUCGUGGAAGAGAAGCUUCAGAUGUACACCAAUCAGUUCGAGUUAACAAACUCUUUCUCUGUUGGAGAUAACAACAAAUACCAGUAUUCCAGCUCUGAUUAGGGUAGUAACUCAUUCGACUGCUCUUGAAUUUGGGUGGAGUGAUCACGAGCCAAGAUCUCUGCAAAGCUAGAUACAUUGGGAGUUGGAGGCGUUUCAGGCAUAUGUAUACCCUUGAGAUUAUGAUUUUCACAGGGAUGACUGGGAGAAAAUGUAGAGAGAAUACAAACAGCCGAAGAACUGAAGCCAUAAGAGGUAACUCUCAGUGAGGUCUUGCAAGGGAAUGUGAAUUUAUUUUCCGAAGAUGAAUUAGAAACAGUUUUGAUAAGAUUUUGACAGCCGUAUAUUGGUAUAGAUUUUUAUCAUAAUCAUAAAAAGAAAAAAGUGUAAAUUCUUUGUUUGGAAAAUAAAAUUAGGAAUUUAUCGAUCACCGUGAGAGAAUCGAAAUAUCAAUGUGGCCAUGUAGGAAACAUACAAGUUAGAUUCCUGUUACUUUUGCUUUUUCUGUGUAUUGGUGUUUUUGGAAAAUAUUGGAACUUUUGUUAGUGACUUUUGAUGUUAAAAUUUGCUUCAUUUUUUUCUGCCAGAUUUACUUAUUCCCAUAAAUUUUCUGAGUUAGUGAGAUGGACGAGUUGUUGGCUUUCUGCAAAAACACUAUAUCUUUGGGAGGACAAUUUUAUCAAGGAUUUUGGUACUAUCCAUGUUUCGUAUAUGCAAUGGGACAACUUCCUUUAUAAAACAUAAUGGCAUUGCUUGAAUUCAAUGAAGGGAUAUCAAACAUGACACAACAUGGUUUUAUUUACUAGAACGUUGAGUACAUCUUCUAAAUGGAUGUCCUUCAUAGAUUGGUAUUGUCUGCAAAUUUGCAAUGAUGGCAAUGUUUCUGUUAUUGUUUUGGAAAUUUUGGGUUGGUGUUGUUUUAUAAAAUCUCUUUGAGCGUUCUAGGCAACCUUUUUAAAAAAAUAAUCUGAUAAAAGAGUGCAAAACAAAAAAAAUUGAAAGCCUACAAGUAUACGUUGACCUUUGAAGGAGAAUAUAAGGUGCACCCAAAAUUAAAUAAAUGUUAAAGGACCACAUAAAAACUUUAAAACCAAAAAAACAUAUAACAAUAAAAGCAUAAAAACAAAUAUUAAAGAAAACUACUAAACCAUGUAAAGCACAGAAAGAUAUUCAAAUUUUAGUUAUCUUUUUCAAAAAAUUCAAAAUUAAAAAUCAAUAGAACAAAAAUAUUUAUGAUAUUUUUGGUAAAUAUUAUGUUAAUGUCAAAUCAAUAUUUACAUUAAAUUUAUAAAAUUCAAUUCAAUUAUAUAUUAGCAGUCAAAUAUUUAGUUAUCAUAUAAUAUACCUAAAUAAUAAUUUUUAUAUACGCGCCGGAAAACCACUAGUUUUUGUAAAAGGAGUACUACUUAAUGUUUCCUAAACUAGUGUAUAUUAUUUUAACAAAAACAAAAACGUUGUAACCGUGUAUAUAUAUCAUGACCGACCAAAAAAGUGUUUAUUAUUACUAUUUUAUAGGUUUUACCGUUAUCCCACCACUCGUACACUAAUAUAUUAAGGUGAGGACUGUGGAGAGUGGAGUUAUGUGUUUGUAAAUCCUUUCUUGAUUUGAAUCCAUCCAAAACACAACAACGAUAGCGAUUCUGUGAACUGUUUUCAAUCUCACAAAAGCAUUAUAAAAAAAAAAAAAAAAACUCGCUUUCAACUUUUUCUUUUUUUCUUCCGUCUCUGUUUUUAAUGCAUAACGAAGCAACUUCCUCCAUAACGACUUUCGAUGACUGACCUCAGCUCCUCGAGUCUACGCUCCGAAGCUCAUAAGCCCACCGGAAACUCCCCUCCUCCUCCACCUCCUCCUCCUCCUGGACACGUCAGCAUCUCCCUCACACCUCCCUCUCCAACACCACCCUCCGCCACCACCACCAACCUCCGCAAAAUCUCUCUCCUCCCACUAAUCUUCCUAAUCUUCCACGAAGUCUCCGGCGGCCCCUUCGGUAUCGAAGUCACCGUCAAAGCAGCGGGACCGUUAGUCUCCAUCCUCGGCCUCAUCAUCUUCCCAUUCAUAUGGAGCAUCCCUGAAGCGCUCAUCACCGCCGAGAUGGGCACCAUGUUCCCGGAGAACGGCGGCUACGUCGUCUGGGUCUCCUCCGCGUUAGGACCUUACUGGGGGUUCCAGCAAGGCUGGGUGAAAUGGCUUAGCGGCGUCAUAGACAACGCUCUCUACCCCAUCCUCUUCCUCGACUAUCUCCAAUCCGGUUUACCGGUUAUCUCCUCUGGACUUCCACGUGUCGCUUCGGUUAUCACGUUGACUUUCGCGUUGACUUAUUUAAACUACAGAGGGUUGAGUAUAGUUGGUGUAGCUGCUGUUGCGAUCGGUGUUUUCUCGAUUUUACCCUUUGUGGUGAUGUGUUUAGUGUCGAUUCCAAAGGUUGAGCCUUUACGUUGGCUGGUGGUGAGUGAGAAGAUGAAAGGUGUAGACUUUGGUUUGUAUCUCAACACUCUGUUCUGGAACCUUAACUACUGGGACUCGAUUGGUACUCUCUCCGGAGAGGUUGUUAGCCCGAGUGAAACUUUACCGAAAGCUCUUUUUUAUGCUCUCCUUUUAGUUGUGUUAUCUUAUAUCUUCCCGGUUUUGUCCGGGACAGGAGCUCUGCCUCUUGAUCAGAGGCGUUGGACCGACGGUUACUUCGCUGAUGUAGGGAAAGUGAUAGGAGGAGGGUGGUUGGGUUGGUGGAUUCGAGCGGCGGCUGCUGCCUCCAACAUGGGGAUGUUUUUAGCUGAGAUGAGUAGCGAUUCGUUUCAGCUUCUCGGUAUGGCUGAGCGAGGGAUGCUACCCGAAGUCUUUGCUAGAAGAUCGCGGUACGGAACUCCCUGGGUUGGGAUACUGUUCUCAGCCUCUGGGGUGGUUGUGUUGUCGUGGUUGAGCUUCCAGGAGAUUGUGGCUGCGGAGAAUUUGCUGUACUGUUUUGGGAUGGUGUUGGAGUUUGUAGCGUUUGUGAGGCUGAGGGUGAAGUAUCCGGCUGCGUCGCGGCCUUUUAAGAUACCUGUAGGGGUUUUGGGGUCGGUGAUCAUGUGUGUGCCUCCGACUGUGCUGAUUGGUUUCAUUGCGGCGUUUUCCGACUUGAAAGUUGCUGGGGUGAGUCUUGCUGCUGUAGUGAUUGGGCUUGUGUUGCAACCGUGUUUGAAGAAAGUGGAGAAGAAGGGUUGGCUUAAAUUUUCUGUCAGCUCUCACUUAUCAGACCUGAUGGCCUAAGCAACAUCAGGUUUGAUGGUGAAGACUGUAGAUGAUGAAGCUUUUGGUUUUACCUUUAGAUCAGUUAACAGGUAGAAGAAAAAAAUGUGUAUUUUGAAUCAGAGCUUAAAGAGAACUUAUCUCAACACAACUGAAUAAAGAAGACUUUUUACAUUUCAA